UCUCCUGCAGCCCUUUUUCGUCUUCUUGCUCCCUCUUCCCUCUCUCUCUCUCCCCUCCCCUCCCCCCACUCGCCCACCCUGUUGUUCUUUUCUCACCUUUCCCUUCGGCUGCCUCCCAGAUUUCGCACCCUUCGCUCCUCGGUGGUGCUUACGCCUUGCCGUGUUUGACACACUGCAUCGCUUCUCCAAUCGUUACCCUCGAUCCGCGAGAAAAAGAAUCUGAUCAGCCCUGUUACAGACUACCACUCCUCCCCUCCAUCUUACUUAUAUUCUGUGAUCUAAUCAUCUUCAACCUGCUUAUAUCAAAUCAAUACUGCCACUGGACUGGCCACUCUCUAAUCACUUCUGUCCAAUAAGAGCCUGUUCGUUCUCAUCCCACUGGGUAUUGGACACCCCGAGGUUAAACCAACAAUCGCUCCGGUGUGAUAGUAGCGGAGAUUCGCCGUCCCGCUCCCGAACGGUUCAUAAUCACGCAAACUCAGCGGUGCUGCAGGAGCUUUGCAUUUUAAUUACGCCGUCGCCUUACCCACCAAUCACCCACUUUUGAUUCCUCGUCUCUGGGCCCUUGUUAUCGCUUCUUACAAUGGCGAGCCAUAUUAUCGGUAACAGGAACAGUACUCCCGAGGCCUCCAAAUCCUCCCUUCGACCUCCGUCCUCCCGCACCCUCGGUGGUUCUCAUCAGCUCCGUGCUUCUGCCGAUAUGUCAGGGUUUUCCUCUCCUCUCGCGCCACGGAAUAUUCGUCCAUCGUCCGAGGUCUAUUUUAAUCAGCAAGUUCAGGGGCAAAAUAACGCUGAAGAUGCCUUGGACAGGGCCGCACAGCAAUGGAUUGCAGACAUUGAUCAGUACGAGACAACUCUCGAGGAGAUGGCUGCGGCUACCCUGGAUCAGGAUUUCAAAGACGAGCUGAGCGCCAUCGAACAGUGGUUUCGUGUUUUGAGUGAAGCCGAAAGGACCGCUGCCCUCUACGCUUUGCUGCAGCAGACCACUCAGGUGCAGAUUCGUUUCUUCAUCCAAGUUCUGCAGCAGAUGUCGCAAAGCCACCCGAUGUCCAGUGUCUUAUCGCCGGCCAAUUUUGGUGAAAAAGACCCCAUGUCUAACCGUUUGAGUGAUGCGAUGGCUAAAUUGAACGUGGAGCCGUCCCGUAAUUCCUUGGGACGCCCACCACCGUCUCCCGGAAAUAAGCGCAACUCUGGUCUCGAUUCCUCCACUAUAAAUGCCAUGUUCCCAGAUGCCGCAGCUGUCAUCGCAAAAAAGAAAGCCGAGUUCACCCAGCAGACCGGCAACCUUCCCGGGUCGAACCGGAACAGCGUAGUCUUCGGUGACCGGACGUCUCUGGUGACGCCAACCAUAUCUGCACCGGAUUGCAAGGACACCUUGCCACAACCACCAGUCUCACCGUGGGCUCAGCGUGCUCCCGAACCUCAAGCCCCAAUCGCACGUCCCAAGUCAUCGAGCGAACAGCAGCCAAUGGGCCAAUUCUCCCAGCCUCUUUCGUCGUUGCGUUCGCCGCUUCCUAUGAACCCUGGUACUUCUGCUAAUAUCCAGAGCACCACCAUCACAGCGCCUGAGAUUACGCAAGACCCUCCCCUUCUCUCCCCAUAUAAUUUAGGAAAUGCCAGCUGGGCUUCGAUGAGCAAUACUCCGCUAGUCCCGUCCUUUAAUCAACAGGGUGCUCAGUCGCAAGCCGAUAUGGUUGCUAAUGCCACCGCUAUGAAGCUAGCUGCCUUAUCCACGGUUAACAACAGGAUUGCUUUAGAUGACGCUCGCAAGUACCGACGCGCUCGGUCCAACGACGGCCAGAAGAAUGCUGGGCAAGGGCCACUUUCGCCUGGGCUUCCGAAUACCAGUAUUCCUGGAACUAACGUGAUCAUGGUCAAUGAUGCAGGCCAAGUUCUCAAUCCACAGCAAAUAGCAGCCCUACAAGCGCAGCAGCAGGCAGCCGCAAUGGCUGGUCGCCGCUCCCGACCGAAUUCUCCCGGCUUAGCGAUGCAGGGAGGUUCGAUGGGACAUAUGAACUUUACUUCUCCACAAAACAAUGGGUUCUUGGCUGCUUACGACACGAAUGCCCUCUUGGGUAACGGCUUCGGUGGACUCGGUAUGGGCCUUGCUGGCGCUGGUAGUCACGAAGGAUAUCUUUCAGACCAUUCCGAGAUAAACCGUGGUCGCUCCCCACGGGGUCGACGGGGUAGUUCCAAACCACCGGAAGAUCCCACUGAUACGAAACUUCUUCAAGACAUCCCCGCCUGGCUUCGAUCUUUGCGUCUACAUAAAUACACCGAUAAUCUCAAAGAUCUGAAGUGGACGGAAUUAAUUGAACUUGAUGAUAAAGCCUUGGAAGCUCGGGGAGUGAACGCUCUCGGCGCCAGAAAUAAGAUGCUGAAGGUGUUUGAGCAAGUGAAGGAGGCAAAAGCAGCAGGGAAACUUGCUUCUAUUAUCUAAGUGAGAUAAUGAGAGAUCAAGAAUCUCAAUGUAGUAAAUCACAGAAGGGAAAGCCAAUUGCGCCUCUUGUUUCUCAUUACAAUGAGAGCAUCACUGGUCCUGGUUGACGACAUUUCAUCCAGUUGGGACGAAUCUCUUAAACCGAAGUGAAGAAGCCAUAUAUGAAACAUGUACGGAGUACUCCCAUAUUCAUAUCCACCUCUUGGGGAGCAGUUUGGAAAAUCUCUGGCACAUUAUCAUUAUCCAUGGAUACUCAGGGACAAAACACAUUUCAGGGUUGGAAAUGGGUUUAUGAGCGCUCUUCUUUCCAAUGGCUGAGUGGUUGCUGAAAGCAAAUGCCUAAAAAGAAUGUUUUUUGCUGUCCAUCUUCACUUUACUAUUGUAAUUUUUGUUCUCAUUUUGUUCUUACUUUUCUUCCAUUUUUUUUUUUUUUUCUUUUUUCUUCAUUUUUCUGUUUCAAGUUGCUUCUUUUCCAGUCUGUACUUAGUAAUAAUGCAUUUGGAAAAUAUUC